AUGGUACAUUUACAGAAGGCUUCCCAAACGCACACUGUUGAGCGACCGUCGUCGGUAUGUCAAACAUGUUGGGACACAGUAUUCUCUAUGCAGUUUGGCCUGCUUUCCAAGCCGCUACUUCGUACAGGAACCAAUGAAUGGCCUCGAGGUGGGCUCACGUACACCUCCACACUGGAGGAUAUCAAAUCCGGGGCUAUUUCCGAGUGUCAAUGGUGUAAAUUUAUGCUCGGUCUUAUACAAGAAGAUACUCGCAGAGCUGGGAGCGGUCCAGUUCACAUAAUCAUGGGUAUCCGCGCGCAAUCAGGAUACCUGGGAGCACCAAAGUACACACAAGCUUUGAGUAUAUAUAUCAACAACAUCGAGAGCUUUGAUGGAUAUCUGUAUGCCGAUGCAGAUAAUCCUGCAGCAGAACAUAUCACGGCUCGGAGCCGUAUAGUUGAUGUGGGAUCUCCUCAGUCCAUAUCUCUUUGCCGAAAGCAACUUGAAGAGUGUAUCGUCUCCCAUGAACAUUGCCCUCCAAUUUCUAAACCCUAUCCUCUCUUGCCCACACGUUUGAUAGACUGCAGCAAUCCUAAACACCUUAAACUCGUUAAGACAAGCGGGAUGCAGGGGUCUUACUGCACAUUGAGCUACGUGUGGGGUGAACCUCAACCACACAGAACCACCAAGGAAAAUUUUGGAGCAUAUACUAAAAAAAUAGACUCUGCACAUCUUCCCAAGACUAUUCUGGACGCCAUCCACAUAACAAGACUUCUAGGCAUUCAAUACCUCUGGGUAGACUCGAUAUGCAUCAUCCAAGACUCGGAGGAGGAUAAACUUGUCGAGAUUACGCGCAUGGGCCACAUAUAUCGCCACUCUUAUCUAACAAUCGUCGCUGCAUGCUCUCCACGUGAUGGCGCAGGAUUUCUGGGUCCCCGACCACCUGUUCCUCCGUCGCAGUUCCCGCGGGACACAGAGUUUCCCUUUCCCUGUUUCCCCAAUCAGGGAGGCACCGCACUUCCUCCAGUUAUAGGAAAGGUUAAAAUGUCACCAAUCGCUUUCUACACCGAGUUAGACGACAGUUUUGACAAGUGGUCGGACUACUUCCCUGCCAUGGAACCUGUGAAUGAGCGGGCAUGGUGUCUGCAGGAAUAUGCCAUGUCUCCGCGCUCCCUGGUGUUUACGUAUCAUACCGUGCAGUUCCACUGUAUCACCGGCGGAGCGCAGAACGUCGGCGGAUCCUACAAUAGCCAUCCUGACCGCGAAGACCUACUGCCACAAAAUUUCUUCUUUAGCGACUUUGUAAAAACAUCUGGAAUGCCUGUCCGGGGCUCUCAGGAAUGGGUUUCCGUGCGACGUGCUUGGAACGCGGUUUUGAGGGAAUACACAAGGCGUUCAAUUACCAAUGCAGAGGACACGUUUGUUGCGUUUGCGGGCAUCGCACAGGUGUUCCAGACGGUGUUGGGCGGCGAUUAUCUUGCGGGACUGUGGAGGAAUACACUGUUGUCAGACUUGCUUUGGUUUAAGUUUGCUGACAUGGACAUGGCGCGCCCAAAGAUUUACAGGGCGCCUUCGUGGUCAUGGGCAUCGGUGGAAGGAGCUAUUGUUCCUGGAAAGCUUUUUGACAGAGAGUUACAUGCGACGGAGACACUAGCAGAAGUCAUUAGCUGCACUGUGCUGCUUAGAUACCCUGAACAUCCAUUUGGAGAAACCAAGGAAGGUACACUUUUGCUACGCGCACGCCUAGAAGAGUGUAGGUGGAAUAUUCGAAGCUCGAAGUUCAUUUAUCAUAAGAGGACGACUCAAUCAAACACCGAUGACUCCAAUCAAAAAAUUAUCGGAACUGGUUAUAUCGACAGCAAAGACGACCAAGACGUGCAUGAUGUAUAUGCAAUUCCCAUAUACAUGGACAAGGACGAGGUAGAGGGUAGUAUUAUUGUUGCCAAAUUGUCUGACGGAGAUAAGGAGUCGGGCAUGAUCGGUAAGUAUCGUAGAAUAGGAUAUUUUGAUUCUCAUCGCAUGGAAUGCUCUACAAACUGGCUGAAACUGGCACCAGUUGUAGAAGUGAUAAUAGUAUAG